AUGAUUAGUUUAUUUGUUUUUCAUUUUAUAUUUUAAUAAUAAAUAUAAUAUUUUAUUUUAGAACAGUAAUUAAAAGUAUAAUAAUUUAUUAAAUAAAUUGAGAAUUCAUUAUGUCUUCAUCAACUAAUAAAAAAAGGAGAAACAAAAGUUUUAUUCAUCUUUCAAAUAAUCAAAUAAGUGAAUAAUGUAAAUNAUAUCUAACAUAUUCGCAAAAGUUAGGGCUCCUUUCGUAUAAGUAGAAAAUAAUUAAUAAAUGAUAAAUCUGAUGAAUAAAGAUCUCCACUUAUGAUAUAUGAUUCUUCAUUUGCUAGAUCAUCUAUUAGUACAACCUAAAAAUUAUUGGAAGAUACUGCUUACAAAAAUAAAACUUUUAGACCAAGUGUUUUUCAUUUUCAUGAUGGACCAUCACCUCUUGUACUUAAAUCUCAGCAAUUAAUUACUGAGAGACUUCCUUAAACUGAAAGGUCUACAAAUAAAAAAAUUAAACUCCGUAAUAAUCCUAAACUUUUGUGCCCACUCUUAAUUGGGUUUACUAAAAAAAUUUUAACUUUUUCAAAAAUAAAACCAACUCAGGAAAUCAAACACAAUAGAUUUAAAACAUAAUGA